CGCGUACCGCUGCCUGCCCGUCCUGCUAACUUCUGCCAUGGCAUAGCCUCCUCUUCCACCUCGCCUCUAAUCCACUGAGGGAACGGACAUGCACAGGCACAACCGGGGAUCUAGGCUAUCUCGUCCUUUACGUCAGUAAUUCACAGUCUGAGGAACCAUGGUGAGCAAGGAGGGCGGCAAAUGCAUGCUCACCAACUCUGAGUCUGACUCAGAGGCGGCGCCCUCACCCUCCACCUCACUGGCGUUGGAAGUGAAGUAUUCCCUGGAAGCCAGCCGACAGGUGAGGAAGAGAAACAAGGCCCUGCAAGUUCGUUUCAAGGACAUCUGUGAGGCACAGAAUGAGCAAAGGGAGGCGGCGUUGCAAGCAGCGGGGAAGGCUGGAAAACCUGUCUCAUACAAGGUGGCGUACCGCAAAUACAUGACCGUCCCCGCUCGCAGAUCCAUCCCAAACGUAACAAAGAGCACGGGAGUGCAGACAUCCCCUGACCUGAAGAAACGCUAUCAGACCUUCCCUUUUGAACGCAAGAAAGGCCACACCUUUAAACAUGUGGCGUCGGUGGAAACUUAUAAAGGUCAGAACAACGGUUUUGUCAUGGAGGUGAAGCAGUCCAAGGCUGCCGAGCAGGGUUUAGAUGAGGAGGAGGAGGGAGCCUGUGGGGGGAGUGGAGUCCGGAGGACCAGAGCUCUGCUCCAUACUAAUGAGUGCACUGCCACAGUGGAGCAGCACACUGCACCUGACGGCCUGUGCUCUGACGCUCUGCUGCUCAGCUGCUCUGCGGACACAGACUGCCUUCCAGACACACCUAGAGGAAGCGGAGCCGGAGCACAGGCAGAGUACCAGCUCUGCAGUGUCCCGUCCAAACCCAGGACAGGAUUACAACACAGGGAGGCAGAUACAGACCGCUCGACCAAGAGGCAGCUGCUGAACCUGGAGGAGGGCUCAUCCCGCACCCUGCCGGACAGGGCCUCCAAGGUUACAGGCCCCAUUGCCUGGAACUCCCUCACGCAAGUGGAGUGCCUGGACAGUCCGUCUGUGCGGAGCAAGCGCAAGAAAGGCCUGCAGCUCAACGGGCUGCAGUCUCAAACGCUGCCACGUCCCAGUGGAGGCUGUACAACACAGGCACAGUGUCACACAGGACAGCUGUCUGCCCAGCCUCUACGGGGCAUGGAGGAGCCUCUGUCGCCCUGCGGAGUUGGAGAGGCUGGGGGGGUACCGCCGGACACAGGUUCAGGGGAAGCAUGUAAGCAAAUAGUGCCUGUGAAUCAGGAGGGGGAUGUUAAAGCACAGCUCCAGGCCAUGGAGAACCUGAUCAGCUCCAGCCAAGAGACCAUCAAGGUGCUGCUGGGAGUCAUCCAGGAACUGGAGAAGGGUGAGGCCCACCGAGAGGGCCUCUCCUAUCGAACCGGACAGGACACGGCCAACUGUGACACAUGUCGGAACAGCGCAUGCAUUAUUUACAGUGUGGAGCUGGACUUCAAGCAGCAGGAGGACAAGCUGCAGCCGCUGAUGAAGAGGCUGUGCCCCACGGAAGACAUCCACUUCUCUCCCCUGCCUUACCCCCAGGAGGCCUUCACCUCCACCCCCAAACGCAAGUCCAAAGCUGACUCGAAGAAGCAUGCUCGCUGGAAACUUUGGUUCCUGUGA